UGUCUGAUGUGGGAGGGGGUGUGUGCAGCCAGUCGCAGUGGUCCCUCCUCCAGCCCGGUCACCAUGGCAACCACAGCCUCGGUCUCGCGGCUCCAGCCCCUCGCCCGCCCCGCCCCCGGCUGCGAAGCGUCUGGAACUGCAUCCUCCGCAUCCACAUCCGCAUCCUCACCCUCCCGCGACCGCGUCCUGCAGCAGCUGGAGUAGGAAGCGCCUGUGAGCCAUUUCCACGUUUCUCCUUGUGGAGUGGGGGACGAGGACCACUGUCCACCAUGGUGAAGCUGGGCUGCAGCUUCUCAGGGAAGCCAGGCAAAGACCCUGGGGACCAGGAUGGGGCUGCCACGGACAGUGUCCCUCUGAUCAGUCCCCUGGAUGUCAGCCAGUUGCAGCCACCAUUCCCUGACCAGGUGGUCAUCAAAACGCAGACGGAAUACCAGUUGUCCUCCCCAGACCAGCCGAAGAAGUUUCCAGACCUGGAGGGACAGAAGCUGAACUGCAGCCACCCAGAAGAAGGGCGCAGGCUGCCCACGGCCAGGAUGAUCGCCUUUGCCAUGGCCCUCCUGGGCUGUGUGCUGAUCAUGUACAAGGCUAUCUGGUAUGACCAGUUCACCUGUCCGGAUGGUUUCCUGCUUCGGCACAAGAUUUGCACGCCGCUGACCCUGGAGAUGUACUACACUGAGAUGGACCCCGAGCGCCACCGCAGCAUCCUGGCUGCCAUCGGGGCUUAUCCGCUGAGCCGCAAGCACGGCACCGAGAUGCCCGCGGCCUGGGGAGACAGCUACCGCGCCGCCAAGGAGGUGCACAAGGGACCCACUCAGGCGGCGGCGGCGGCAGCUGCUGCAGCGGCAGCGGCCACCGAGCCCCCGGCGAAGCCCUCGACCAAAGGAGAGAAGGAGGAGGCCAGCAAGGUGGCGGGUAGCGCACCGCCCCCCGCCCCCCAAUAAGGGCCUGCCAGCCAGCCCGUCCCGGCGUUCCUCUGCCAGCUCCUGUGACCAGCGCGUCGCCCCGCUGCUCUCCCACCCGGUGUUUGUGCCCCUAUCCCCAGGCACCCCGCUGAAGCCCCCGCCCCGAGGGCCUCUGGCUCUGUCGCUUUUCUGUAAGUAAAGAUUCACGUUUACUGGCUCUUCUUGUC